CGUGAAUUUCAAACAUCCGGCAACGUCUUACCAUUUGUCGUACGCCAUCGCUGGAAAACUAAAACCUUUUUUUGUUUCUUGAGUAGAUUUAAUAAUUACACGCUGUAUCCGCGUGGUUUAGUUUUAGUUGGAUUAAAGUCGUAUGAAAAAUGCUGUGAGGCUCUAAAUUGUGGCGAUACUCGAUAAUGCUGAAGAGAAAACUGUCAAUAUAAUUUCAGUUAACUGCCUCAAUUCCUAGUGUUAUAAAUUCCAUGUCAACAAAAAUGAGUGCUUUUUGGUCAACUCCUCCCGGGCAGAAUGCCCAAUCUCAACAAAUCUUGAAUCAAGCACGAAACUUGGGGAUGACUUCAGCCAUCAGCAUGGCAAUGCCAAAACCUCUGGAUUUACAAAAGACUACAGAGUUAAGUGAAGCUUUGGUCCCACAUGGAGUCUCUGAGACUGAUGAAGAGCUCAAUCAUAGGAUGGAAGUUUUGAGGAAAGUGAAUGAAUUGGCCAAAGAAUGGAUUAAAGAAGUGUCUGUACAAAAAAACAUGCCAACAUCAGCAGCCGACCAUGUUGGAGGGAAAAUUUACACAUUUGGUUCUUAUCGUUUAGGUGUCCACAACAAAGGUGCAGAUAUUGAUGCUCUUUGUGUUGCCCCACGUCAUGUUGACAGAGUUGAUUAUUUCACCUCUUUUGUUGACCUGUUAAAAAAACAACCAGAAGUUACUGAACUCAGAGCUGUGGAAGAGGCUUUUGUGCCUGUUAUCAAAAUGAAUUUUGAUGGAAUUGAGUUGGAUAUGUUGUUUGCUAGAUUGGCUUUGAAAGAAAUUCCUGAUAACAUGGAUUUAAAAGACGAUAUGCUUCUGAAGAAUUUAGACCCCAAGUGUGUUCGUAGUUUGAACGGGUGUCGUGUGACAGAUGAGAUUCUCCGACUAGUUCCAAAUAUCGACAAUUUUCGUUUGGCUCUCAGAGCAAUUAAAUUAUGGGCAAAAAAACAUGGAAUUUACAGUAACGUUUUGGGUUACUUGGGAGGUGUCUCCUGGGCCAUGUUGGUUGCACGAACGUGCCAACUGUAUCCAAAUGCUGCAGCAGCCACUUUGGUUCAAAAAUUUUUUCUCGUCUUUUCAAAAUGGGAGUGGCCUCAGCCAGUUCUUUUAAAACCUCCAGACAAUGUCAAUCUAAAUUACCCUGUGUGGGAUCCACGAGUCAACGUAUCCGAUCGGUAUCACCUGAUGCCAAUCAUCACACCAGCCUACCCUCAGCAGAAUUCCACCUUUAAUGUUUCCUGCUCAACGCGUGCUGUGAUGCAAGAGGAAUUUCGUCAGGGUUUUAACAUGACGGAAGAAAUCAUGACUGGAAAGGCUUCAUGGGACAAACUUUUCGAGCCUCCCAAUUUUUUUGUCAAAUACAAGCAUUUUAUCGUUUUGAUUGCCAGUUCUUCCAGUGUCGAAGAUCAACUUGAAUGGGUCGGACUAGUGGAAUCCAAAAUUCGACAUCUGAUUUUAGCACUAGAACGUAACGACCAUAUCACGUUGGCGCACAUAAAUCCUGAACAAUACGACCCCGUUCAGCCGGAGCCAGAUACUAUCAGUACCAUGUGGUUUAUUGGACUAGUGUUCAAAAAGACGGAAAGCCUCAACAUUGAUCUUACUCAGGACAUUCAAGCUUUCACCGGCCAAGUGCACCGUCAAGCAUCAACAGCCAAAACCGUCAAGGAUGGACGUCGGAUUGACGCUAAACACGUGAAAAGGAAACAGCUGAGUUCAUAUUUGCCGUCCACUUUUCUACUUCGCACCAAGCGUGUGGGAGGAAUGUCCUUGUCGACUUCAACUGGCAGUUUAUCCAACGGAACGCCUCCAGUGGCAACGUUUGCACAGCCGAGAAAGAGGCCGUCGGAUGCAGCUCUCGAUGCCGUCAUGAUGAAGAAAGUCAGAACAAGAGAAUCUGCUGACGGGACGAGGAACUUGGAGGGCGACGAGUGUCGCAGUCCAUUCGUUAUCAAUUCCAAUGACGAUUCGUGUUCUUCACUAUCUGUGGAUGACGUUCAAAACCCCUUCCCGGUCCCUGUCGAAGAAGUGCAACCCACCGAAGACGCUAAUGAUAAGGACAUUGAGGGCUUGGUACCGGCAACCACUGAAGAUGAAACCUUCGCUUUACCUCUGGGGCCUGUUAAAAGACCGACUAACUUAACAUUGAGACGUAUGAGGCUGUGUAGCGAUGAAUUGCCAGAUGUCACGACGCCUUCACCCCGGGAGCCUCAUCCGACUCAUCCCACCAUCAGAUUUACCCUCAAAACCGAGAUGCCAUAAUCAAGAAAAAACAAUUGUGCUGGAUCAAAACCAACAAAUUCGGGCGCCAACGUGUUGAGGUCCCCCAUCCUUGGAAGUUUGACAUCCGCAUGCGCGUUCCAACAACUGCGUAACAAACUGUACGUAAUGUAAUAUCUCUUAUUGUUGUGUUGCUUUGGUAAAAAAAAAAGAAAGUAAGAAAACAACCAAAUCUGUCACCUCAUCAUUCCAUCGUUAACCAGCAACGAGAGCGAGAAAGAGAGAGGGUACACGAAGAGAAUGAGAGGAACAGUUUGUGUUGCCUCUAAAUUAAUUUAACGAAAAAAUUCAAUUCACCUUCCUCUUUCCCCCCACAUUUUUGCGUUUUCUUCCGCAUAGAAGAGGAAGUAUGUCCCUUCUUCCGUUACAACUUUUCCUUUACUUUUUUUUGUGUGAGUGAGAAUGUGCGCGUGUAAAUGGUGCGACGACAAGUCCUCAAUAUGUUCUCGUUUUAUUUGAAGAAAUAAGUGGCCUUGAAUGUUCCACUUCUUGUUUUCCUUCGUCUCUUUCUCUCUCGAUAAAACUAUUUAAAAAAAACACAAAAAAAGAUACAUUAGUUGAAAAAGUUACAAAAAAAAAGGAAAGAUGAAUGCCAUCAUCCGUCAUCCAAAAUUUCCAUUGAUUUUUUUUUUUCGCUUUGAAUUUUUCUCUUUCGUUUCCAGCGCGCACAUCGAGGCGUCUACAUGAUUUCUAUUCUUCCAAUCCCUUUUAUAAAGCGAAUGUUAACACUCCUUAACUUAAAAAAAACAAACAAAAAUUUAAUCUUUUUUUUUUCCUUCUUAAUUUUCUUAGUGUGUAUGAUUCUUCUGUAAUUUGUACUUUGACUGGCGUUUCAGAUGGAUAAAAAUAAACGGGAUCAUUUGGUUUCCUUCCCAACCCCCCA